AUGGCGGAAAGAAGGCAGGGCAUGGGGCCAGCCGGGCUUCAGGAACCGGAGCGGAGCAGUCGCUGGGCUGCUUCACCAGGCUGCGAGGAUGGAAACGACGCCGUGUUGUCACUCAGCCACUUCUCCCGGCCGCCCUUCCUCAGUUUCGGCUCGGUCCGCGUCGGUACUUCCUGCGUUCGCCGUCUGGCCGUAGAGAAUCCCAAUGCGGAGCCUGUCCACGGGGCCGUCGACCGCCCGCCGCCCGCCUCCAAAGGCUUCUCGGUGGAGCAGGACAGUUUCCUCCUUCAGCCUGGAGAGAGGAUCUAUAUAUUAAUAACAUGGACACCACUAGAAGGCGGCAAAGUUCGAGAGCUCAUAACUUUCAUUAUAAAUGAUGUUGUAAAACAUCGAGCAGUUUUGCUGGGAAAUGCUGAGCAGCCUAUAACGAAGAAGAAAAAUCUGUGGGAUACUAUUAAAAGAAGAAUUCCUGCACAACAAUCACGAAAAAGAGUGCCAGUCAUUAAAAGUAUUAAUAAAACUUUUCAGAUGUCUGAACAAACAGAGGAAAAUAGAAGCCCUCUUCAGUCCUGUGAGAAUCUGGAAGUGAGCUCAAACAGAAUUUCACCUAAUGGAAAUUCCUUAGUCAUUUCAGAACAUAAGCUUUCUAUUUCCCCUAUUAAUCCCAUCAAUCAGAAAAACCAAUAUAUCAUUUAUACUCCCCUAUCAACUACGUAUUCUGUUCCAGAAGCACCAGCAUGUCAUAAGCCAUUAAACAACAUAACAGAAACCCCUACUGUUACAACUCUAUAUGACAAUGUUUUGGCAAAAAAGAAAGUACACCAAGAUAAUGUUAUUAACUCAGCAGAAAUAAAUUCUGUCUGUGCACCAGAACAAUUGAAUAUAUCUUUGAAUUGUAGGAAGAUUUUAAGUCCUGAUUCUUUUAUAAACAAUAGUUAUGAAGUUACGGAAGAACUUGAUGCAGCUACAGCAAUGCCUAUUCUUUCACCUAAUCAGUUUUUAAGAGAGAAUCAAAUAGUUACUCAGCCAAACCCAGAAUGCAAACCAGUGUCCUUUACUUCAGAUGUGAAAUCAUGUAUAUCAACAGCAAAAUUUUCAAAACAGAAAGAAAAGAUACAAGUUGUUUCAUUUUUUAUGGAACCUCAGCUUUCCACCAAAGCUCCCAAAGACACAAAUGAAAGAAAUCCUACGACUUGUUCUUAUAAGAUUGAACAAAAUGUCAGAUCCAAAACAAAGCAUUGUAUGGACAUUAUCCCUAGAGAUGCAAAAUCCCUGGACAGAUUGCCAAGACUUCCAGUUAUUGAAAGUGUUUCAGAUGAAGCUAAACGUAUCAAAGAUAGAGCCAAUUUCAUUUAUUUGGAAUCAUCUUCUAAUAAUCGUAAAAGAAAAAGUGGAGAAUAUUUAGAGGACGUUAAGAAUGAAAGAGAAGAAUAUGCAGAAAAUUUAGGAAGAAAAAGAACUCUGAAGUCCUGUGACGGAAAUGGAAGCAAGAGCGAUUUGAAAUUCUCAGUUUCCAAAUCUCGGAAUGGAGAUAAGCAAAAGACGAGAAAUGGUUCUGCAUCUCAAAAAUCUAAGAAUUUUAAAAGAACAAAAAAUAUUGUUCCUGUUGCACAGUCUCAGCUGACUUUUGUGAAGCCUUUAAAAACAGUUAAUACAGCAUGUCUCAUCCUGGGAACAGAGACUUAUAAAUCCAGUGUUCCUAAAGCACCAACAAAAGAAGAAGCAUCAUUAAGAGCAUAUACAACUCGAUGCAAAUUAAACAAACUUCGUAGGUCAGCUUGCCGUUUGUUUACCUGCGAUGAAAUAGUGAAAGCAAUAAAAAGGCUGGAGAUUGAGAUUGAAGCAAAACGCUUGCUAGUUCGAAAAGACAGACACCUUUGGAAGGAUAUUGGAGAACGACAGAAAAUCCUCAGCUGGAUUUUAUGUUACAAUCCACUAUGGUUGCGCAUAGGCCUAGAAACAAUCUUUGGUGAACUGAUUGCUUUGGAAAGUAACAGUGAUGUGAUGAGUUUAGCAGUAUUUAUACUUAAUCGCUUGUUGUGGAACCCAGAUAUUGCAGCUGAAUACAGACACCCAACUGUGCCUCACCUUUAUCGAGACGGUCAUGAAGAGGCAUUGUCCAAAUUUACACUGAAAAAACUUCUACUACUGGUUUGCUUCCUUGAUCGUGCCAAAGUGUCUCGAAUUAUUGAACACGACCCUUGCUUAUUCUUCAAAAAUGCAGAAUUUAAGUCUAGUAAAGAAAUAUUACUAGCAUUUUCCCGGGACUUUUUAAGUGGAGAAGGUGAUCUUUCACGUCACCUUGGCUUCUUGGGUUUCCCUGUUAAUCACGUACAGACUCCGCUUGAUGAAUUUGACUUUGCAGUUACAAAUUUAGCUACAGACUUACAGUGUGGCAUUCGUCUUGUGAGAACUUUAGAACUGCUGUCAUCAGAGUGGACUCUUUCCAAAAAAUUAAGAGUGCCUGCAAUCAGCAGACUUCAGAAGAUGCAUAAUGUUAAACUUGCUUUUGAGGUAUUGAAUGAUCAUGGAAUUCAGUUGAAAGAUGAACAUGGUUCAACCAUUGACACAAAGGAUAUUGUAGAUCGACAUAGAGAGAAAACAUUUGCUUUGUUAUGGAAAAUAGUGUUCGCUUUUCAGGUGAAUAUUUCUCUUGACGUGGAUCAGCUAAAAGCAGAAAUUGCUUUCUUAAAAAACAUGCAAGUUACAAAAUUAAAAAGACCUGAUGUGGAAUCUGUCAGCAAGAUGGGAAAUGACAUCAGCAGGUCUUAUUCAUAUGACAGCUAUGGUGACAAUGUAAAACUGCUGAUGGACUGGGUGAAUGUUGUCUGUGGAUUUUACAACAUUAAGGUGGAAAAUUUCACAGUGUCCUUUUCAGAUGGAAGAGUAUUAUGUUAUUUGAUUCAUCAUUAUCACCCAUGUUAUGUGCCUUUGGAGGCUGUAUGUAAACGCACUACUCAAACAGUAGAAUGUACCAGAAAUGGCACUCUUGGGCUGAAUUCCUCUUCUGAGUCUGAUGCUUCUCUAAAUCUAAUAAAUGAAAUUUUUGAUCAAAGUGAUACUUCAGUGCUUUAUAAAGAACUUCUUGACAAUGAAAAGAGGAAUUUUCAACUGAUCAAUGCUGCAGUUUCUGAUCUGGGAGGUAUUCCAGCUAUGAUUCAGCAUUCAGACAUGUCUAAUACAAUACCUGAUGAGAAGGUAGUCAUUACUUAUGUGUCAUUUCUGUGUUCAAGACUUAUAAGUCUUUCUAAAGAGAUUCGAGCAGCUCUGUUGAUUCAAUCUGCUUGGAGAAAAUACAGAUUGAAAAUAAAACUUGCUGAGGUAUUCAGUUGCUUUCUAUUUUCUUUAUUGUUACUCAGACUACUGCUAUUGGAAGAAAAGAGGAUUCAAACAUCUAAUGCAGUAGUUGUAAUUCAAAAGCACUGGAGAAGAUAUUUGGCUGUACUGGAACUUCAGAAAUUAAAAAAAGCAAUGCAAGAAGAAACUGAAAGAAUUGCAAUGCAGGUUUCACUGGAAGAAUAUUUGUUGGUCUUCAUACUUUAUUUAAAAAAAAAAACACUGAACAAGCAAAUGCAUAACUUGUGUUCUCUUCUUGUUAUUCAGAGAUGGCAAGAGGCUGUAAUUGUCCUUCAAGCUUGGUACAGAAUGAAGAGAGAGAGGCGGCGGUUUUUAAAGAUGUCUGGAGCUGCAUCCGUCAUUCAAAUACACUAUCGUGCACAUAGAGAACAAACCUUUCAGAGACAGAAGUUUUUGCAAAUCCAAAAGGCAACUUUGUGUUUGCAAGCAAGCUACAGGGGUUUUAAAAUUCGAAGAAUGCUAAGACACCAACACAUGGCUGCUACAAAAAUCCAGGCUAUGUACAGGGCUCAUGCUGCUAGAAUGAAAUAUCAAAGUUUGAUUCAAGCGUCCAUCGUGAUUCAGAGAUGGUACAGGACUUCUAAAAGUGGAUCCAAAAUAAGAAAAAAAUUUCAGAAAACAAAGGCAGCUGUGAUUUCCUUACAGGCAUUUUUGCGUGGUUGGCAAGUGAGAAAAUGGCUUCAGAGGCAACAUGUUGCUGCAAUUACUAUACAAUCUGCCUACAGAAAGUAUAAAGCUAUGAAAAGAUUCAGAAUGGUGAAACGUGCUGCUCUUACUAUACAGCAGCAUUAUCGGGCUCACAUUUCAAGUAAAAAACAGCAACAGGAAUAUAUUGUUCUUCGCAACAGCACCGUAUUAUUCCAGGCAACUUGGAGAGGAACUAUUGUGAGGAGGCAAAUCGAAAGACAGCAUCAGGCUGCAGUGACUAUUCAGUCCUAUUAUAGGAUGCAUGAGAAUCAAGUUAAGUUUAAACAUCUCAGGGGUGCUGCAGUUACAAUUCAGAGAUGGUAUCGUGCUAUUAUGCAAGCCCAUAAUGCACAACAAAAAUAUCUUGCUUUAAAGGAAGCAGCUGUUAAAAUGCAGGCAAUUUACCGAGGUUUGAGAGAAAGGCGAAAAAUCCAGCACAUGAACCAAGCAGCUAUUUGUAUUCAAGCCAUGUUUAAAAUGCAUCGGAGUAAUGUUCAAUAUAGGGCCCUGAAAAGGUCAGCUACUAUAAUUCAAGCACGAUACAGAGCUUUCUGCAGAGGCCAGAAAGAUCGGAAAAAAUAUCUGGCACUUAGAAAGUCAUCUCUUAUUCUUCAAGCAGCCUACAGAGGCAUGAAAAUUAGACAGGAAUUGAGAAGUAGGCACCAGUGUGUGCUGGUUAUUCAGUCAUAUUAUCGAAUGUACAGAGAACGGAAAGCUUAUUUAAAGUUAGUUGCAGCAACAAAAGUGAUUCAGCGUUGGUAUCGUGCUUCCAGAGAUAAAAAUGCUCAGAUACAAAUGCUCAGAUACAAAUACAAAAUGAUGAAGAUUUCUGCUCUCCAAAUCCAGGCGGCUUUCCGAGGUAUGAAAAUUAGAGUCCUUUUUAAAAAGAUGCACAUGGCUGCUGUCAUCAUUCAAAGAAAUUUUAAAGCUUUUGGUCAGAGACGUAAAUUUAUUUUUCUUAAAUCAGCCGCUGUGACAAUUCAGAGAAGGUAUCGAGCAAAACGGCAACGCGAGAAGUUCCUUCAUUUACGUAGAGCCGUAAUAGUAAUACAGUCUACCAUCAGAGGCCUGCUUGUCAGGAGAUAUGUAAAGCAAAUGCAUCUGGCUGCUGCAGUUAUCCAGGCAACCUUUCGAAUGCACAUAGCCUACACUCAAUACAGAACUGUGAAGUCUGCUUGUGUUGUAAUACAGCAACAUUAUAGGGCAUACCGAAAAGCUAAGCAAGCCAGAGCUUUGUACUUAAAACAGCGUCGCUCUGCUUUAAUUCUUCAGGCAGCUUACAGAGGAAUGAAAGUGAGGCAUGUGUUAAAGGAAAAACACGAAGCUGCAGUAGUCAUACAAAGUAACUAUAGAAAAUACAGGCAAUGGAAGUCCUACAGAAAUAUUCAGUGGGCAGUCAGACUCAUCCAGGAGAGAGUCAGAGCCAACCAAGAGGGCAAAAUUGCAGUCCAGCAAUAUUCUUCCAUCAAGAAAGCUGCCAUCUGCAUUCAGAAAGCUUUUCGCAGGAUGAAGGCAAGAAACCAAAAAAGGCAGGAAGCUGCUAUCUUGCUUCAGCGGAACUUUAAAAUGCAAAGAGCACGUAAAAAUUACCUUACCUUAAAAGUGACUACUAUAUCUCUUCAGAGAAGGUAUCGAGCAAAACAGGAACGUGAGAAGUUGCUUUAUUUACGUAGAGCCGUAAUAGUAAUACAGUCUACCAUCAGAGGCCUGCUUGUCAGGAGAUACGUAAAGCAAAUGCAUCUGGCUGCUGCAGUUAUCCAGGCAACCUUUCGAAUGCACAUAGCCUACACUCAAUACAGAACUGUGAAGUCUGCUUGUGUUGUAAUACAGCAACAUUACAGGGCAUACCGAAAAGCUAAGCAAGCCAGAGCUUUGUACUUAAAACAGCGUCGCUCUGCUUUAAUUCUUCAAGCAGCUUACCGAGGAAUGAAAGUGAGGCAUGUGCUAAAGAGAAAACACGAAGCUGCAGUAGUCAUACAAAGUAACUAUAGAAAACACAGGCAAUGGAAGUCCUACAGAAAUAUUCAGUGGGCAGUUAGACUCAUCCAGGAGAGAGUCAGAGCCAACCAAGAGGGCAAAAUUGCAGUCCAGCAAUAUUCUUCCAUCAAGAAAGCUGCCAUCUGCAUUCAGAAAGCUUUUCGCAGGAUGGAGGCAAGAAACCAAAAAAGGCAGGAAGCUGCUAUCUUGCUUCAGCGGAACUUUAAAAUGCAAAGAGCACGUAAAAAUUACCUUACCUUAAAAGCGGCUGCUAUAUCUCUUCAGAGAAGGUACCGAGCAAAACAGCAACGCGAGAAGUUCCUUCAUUUACGUAGAGCCGUAAUAGUAAUACAGUCUACCAUCAGAGGCCUGCUUGUCAGGAGAUACGUAAAGCAGAUGCAUCUGGCUGCUGCAGUUAUCCAGGCAACCUUUCGGAUGCACAUAGCCUACACUCCAUACAGAACUGUGAAGUCUGCUUGUGUUGUAAUACAGCAAUAUUACAGGGCAUACCGAAAAGGCAAGCAAGCCAGAGCUUUGUACUUGAAACAGCGUCGCUCUGCUUUAAUUCUUCAGGCAGUUUACAGAGGAAUGAAAGUGAGGCAUGUGCUAAAGAGAAAACACGAAGCUGCAGUAGUCAUACAAAGUAACUAUAGAAAACACAGGCAAUGGAAGUCCUACAGAAAUAUUCAGUGGGCAGUUAGACUCAUCCAGGAGAGAGUCAGAGCCAACCAAGAGGGCAAAAUUGCAGUCCAGCAAUAUUCUUCCAUCAAGAAAGCUGCCAUCUGCAUUCAGAAAGCUUUUCGCAGGAUGGAGGCAAGAAACCAAAAAAGGCAGGAAGCUGCUAUCUUGCUUCAGCGGAACUUUAAAAUGCAAAGAGCACGUAAAAAUUACCUUACCUUAAAAGCGGCUGCUAUAUCUCUUCAGAGAAGGUAUAGGGCAUUGUUUGUGAUGAGAAGACAAGCUAAAGAAUAUGCUUCUGUUCGUGCAAAAAUUAUUUGUGUGCAGUCUUUCUAUAGAGGUUUUAAAAUACGGAAAGAAGUCAAACGCCAGCAUUUAGCAGCAACAGUGAUUCAGGCAACAUUUAGAAUGUAUAAAGUUAAAUUAGCUUACCAGAAACUGAGAUAUGCUACUGUUACCGUGCAGAAGUACUAUCGAUCACAUCUAAAGGAAAAACAUCAAAAUACACGUCAGACAAUUCAGAAAUCUAUAACAAAUCAGGUCACUUGCAGAGGAACAAAAAUACAGCCAGAACUGGACACCAUGCAUGUUUCGGCAACUAUCAUCCAAUCUUUUUAUCGGAUGUAUGUACAGCGAAAGCAUUACAAAUUGAUAUGUUGGGCUGUGAUAAUUAUUCAAUCUGCCUAUCGUGGAAUGGUAGCACGCAAGAUAGCAAAGAAAAUGCAUGCAGCAAGAAACAGACAGUUGUGUCCUACAGCUGUGAAUUGUAGAAUUGAAGCUAUUGAAUCAAAGAGUCAGUGCCAGACAAAUGAAGCCACAGAACAAUACCAGAAAUAUUGGAAAGCUGCAGUUUUGAUACAACAACGUUACCGAUUUUACCUGACUACGAAACAUCUUUCAAUGGUUUAUUUACUAACACAUAAGAGAAUAAUUCUUUUGCAAGCUACAGUGAGAGGUUUCAUUGAACGACAAAGGUUUUCCAGAAUGAAAAGAAGUACAAUAAAAAUACAGAGAUGGUAUCGAGGAAACUGGCAGAGGAGGAAAUACCUGCAAUAUCGUAAGAAAAUUAUUAUAAUACAAAGAAUAGUGAGGAGAUGGAUUAGCCGCAGAACUAUAAAUACAGUUGGAAUUCCAAAAAACACAAACCCCCAAAUUGUUAGCACUGGAGUAACUAAAUUUCAGGCACUGUGGAGAGGAUAUUCUUGGAGAAAGAAGACUGAUACUCCAGAAACCAGAUCUCUGCGAGAUAGUUUGAUCAUUGCCAAUAAAGAAAGUAAAGAAGAGAAGAAGCUGUGUAAUAGAACUUCAGUUGCUAUUGAUUAUCUUCUUAGAUAUAAACAUUUUUCUUACAUUCUGACAGCUCUAAAGGAUCUGGAGGUUGUAACUAGAUUGUCUCCUGUUUGCUGUGAAAAUAUGGCCCAAAGUAAAGCAGUCUGCACUAUUUUUACUUUGAUACGGAGCUGCAAUAGAAGUGUCCCUAGCAUGGAUGUUAUUAAAUAUUCUGUCCAAGUCUUGCUUAAUUUAUCAAAGUAUGAAAGGACUACUGAUGCUGUUUAUUCGGUGGAAAAUUCAGUAGGAACAUUGUUGGAUUUACUUCAGAUGUACCGGGAAAAAGCUGGGGACAAAACUUCAGAAAAAAGUGGUAGUAUUUUUACCAAGACAUGUUGCUUAUUUGCUCAUCUCUCAAAGGACGCAAGAAGAGCUUCUGAGAUUCGAAACAAUCAUAAAGUAGUUGCUAGCCUUCGGAGAUUAUUUAAACUUACAGCUCGUAAACAUCAAAUGGAUGGCCAAAGAAUGCUUGCCAAACAAAAAUUAGAUGCAUACAUAAAUGGACAGAGCUCCAUUCCUGUAAAAGUAAAAAUAAUUUCAAGGCAGAGGCCAGAUUGGGAUUUAAGGAAAGACAAUAUAAGAGAGAUUGUUGAUCCAUUGGAAGCCAUUGAGAUGGUAAUGAACACACUUGGAAUUUCUUGCAAUUAAAACAUGAAAGAGUUUAUAAUUAUGACAGUUUCAGAAAAAAAUGGACUGGACUUCUUGUAUCUAUGUACACGUUAUGCAGCUGUUUUAUAAAGCUUGUUUAUCACUGUUGGAACUCAACUGUCAGUUAAACUAAACUUCUUAUUGAUAUUUAUCUGAUGAAUUAAUAAAAUCUCAAAUGUUACUUUUAUAUAAUUUAGAGCUACUGUGUACAAUAUAAUAAGAUUAUUUUAUACAAUUAAACUGAAAAACUAAGGUUGUUAGUUAAUGUAUUGUGUAUAUCUUUUGCUUUAGAGAGAAAUUUGAAACAAAUACAGCUUAAUAGCAUAAAAUCAGCAUGUAAAACUUGUUUAAGGCUGAGCGUUGUUCUAUGGGAAAUUGCAUUCUAAAGGACUGAACAGGAUUAUUGAAAGACAACACCAGAAAAUAAUAUUUUAAGCUAACUUAAAAAGUUCUCAUAGAAUUACUUCCCUUAUAUUGAAUAUUUUUUCCUUGUGACACAUUAAAAAUAUUUUUUUACAUUUUGUUUUUACUUAAUAAAAUUAUUUUCUGGUUUACGAAUGGAAAGUAGCUUUUCUUUUUGAUCCCGACAAUGGACAAAUGGAUGCAAAAGUU